CUCAUGCACGACAAAGCGGGAUUUAGACCUGUCGGAGUGAUGAAUACAAAUCUAUGAGGAGGAAUUGCACCUCGGCCUUUCCUUUGCUUCUGCUCCUCAGCGUUUUCCGAAUAGUGUGUGGCAUGUUUACACACUCUUUACCCUUAGGUUAGAACAUGAAACAGAUGAUCGAGCUUUUAUUUGGCCCGCAUUAAACGGCUAUAGCGAACUUCGACGAAUGAGGAACAAAACCUCCCAAGAUUUGCAUUUACGUGAGGAGACUCGAUGACUGAAGCCGACGAGAGCGAAAAAAUUCGCCAAAUAGUGGAUUAUUACGUGAAUGAUGAAGGUUCCAAUGGACAAGAUACCGUUUCAGGGGAGAGAGUCAAGAUCAGGAUUGCUAUUGGAUUCGCUGCCACCUGUGCUGUGCUUUUAUUAGCAAUAUUUAUAAUAUUGUUGUAUAAGGUGCUAUGGUUCCGAUCCAAGACCGGAACUAAGACCGACGUCGCCAGAAAACCGUCGUCAAAUGGUGUACCAGUGCGACGUGCGCCAAGCCCUGACGACCAAGACUUUAAAAAAGGUCGCCGACAACGUCGGCAUCAACCUCUGAUGAGAUCCGACAGCUCUGUGUCCGAAAUCGACCUCGAUUCGUGGUUGCAUAAAAACAACAACCGAAUGUCUGCUAAUGAAUCAGACAGCAGCGAAGAAAGUCUUAAACUUGGAAAGUUGGAGUUUAACAUAAACUACGAUACUAAUAAGGAAUGUUUACGAGUGUUGGUGUUAGCGGCGUACGGUUUGCCGACUAUUCACAGUACGAGCUACGUGGAAUUGUACUUGCUACCCGACAGAGUUGAAAAGCACCAGACUAAAGUACACUACUCUAAUAGCAAUCCUUUUUUCAAUGAAGAAUUCGUGUUUGAUAUCGCCUUUUCGGAACUUGCUGAGCGCACCUUACAGUGCUGUGUGUUUAGUUACGAUGGAUUUUCGCGACAUCAAUCCCUAGGGGAAGUUUUUUAUUCGUUUGGCGAGAAUGAUCAUUUGAGUGAGCACGGAGGAGUAGCAUUAUGCAAAGAGAUCAUGAGAGAUGCGUCUCUGUUAAAGGAGGAUAGUCCAUCCCGUGCAGGGGAGGUGCUAGUGUCACUUUGUUACCUUCCCACCACCAACAGACUCACAUUUGUUGUCCUAAAAGCGAGGCUUUCGAAAACUUCAUUUCCAAAUGAUUUGCCACAUCCAUUUGUCAAAGUUUCAUUGAUGUUGAGCGGUCGACAAUUAAAGAAAACAAAGACCUCUGUGGCCAAAAACACCUUAGCUCCGGUGUACAACGAGGCAUUUGUAUUCGACGUCCCAAUCGAUCGCCUGAGUGAUGUUAGCUUGCUAGUGCGCAUGCUCGACACUAACACAGAGGACGGGAGGCGACCGCAAACCAAAACCAUUGGCAAGGCGAUCGUGGGACCGGAUGCACAGACAAGUAUUGGCUUACAUCAUUGGAACUGUAUGAUGACAACUCCGAGGAAACCCAUCGCUCAGUGGCAUCCACUGGUUAAGACUUGAGAUGGAUGACUUUUAACGGAUCGGUGAUGUAGCUCUCGAGGUCGACACUGAACGGAGGGAUCCAUUCUAAGAUAUUCCUAUAUCUCAAUUAAUUCGGUUGAAUUUCGUCAGAGAUAUAACAACACCUAUAGCAAAGGUAUUUAACCUUAUCAAUUUCAAGGGUCAUCCGUCGUAGACAUACAAGAUUCUAUAUUUUACAGUAAUGUUUUGUUCACACAGUAACGAUACGAUAAAGGGUUUAAAAUAUAAAUGAAAUUAAAAUUAAGUUCAGGAGAAUUUUUUUUUAAUCAAUCCAAGUACUAUUCAACUGCACUACGUAGAGAGCAAAUAACGUGCGGAUCGGGUACAAGUAUCACACGAUAUUUGAACAGUUGGUUACUUUGUACUGUUAAAAAAAAAAACUCGUUUAACUAGUCGGCUGCGCGUGCUUCGCUUCUCUGUCUGCUUUGCCUUUUCUUGACAUGUAAGAAUUGCAUGUCGAAUAAAGCAGUACCUUUUUAAAUCGA